AUUAACAGAUGCUGAAAAAUUAUUUCUUAUAUCUACAUGUUUAGAAGUUGAUGCACGUGAUUGGUUUUUUGAUAACUCACAUUUAUUUACAACAUGGAUAUCAUUUACGCAACAAUUAAUUAACACAUUUGAAUCUGCAGGAAAAGCUGAUAUUUCAUUUAAUCGAUUACGUCAUUAUCAACAAGGUUUAACUCAAGAUGUUAGACAAUAUUAUUUUGAAGUUAUGAAAUUAUGUAAAGAAGCAAAUCCAUUAAUGGAUGAUGCUAGUAAAUUACAAUAUUUGAAGGAUGGUUUAAAACCUUCGUUACGUUUUGAUGUAUUAUUAAAAGAUCCACAAACGCCUGAAGAAUUUUUACAAUAUGCUCAAAGAGUCGAAGAACUCAAAUUAUUAGAUGAUAAACAAGAUGUUUCAACCUGUUAUGUUGAACAAAAAUUUGCAAAUUCUCCAUCAAUGAAUGCACAAAAUAUGCAUAUAAAAACACAACCAACUAAUCCAACAUAUUCAUUUCGACAAUCAAAAGAUUUUAAAAUGCGUGAUAAACCCAAUUAUAACAACAACAAUUCGAGACAAAUGUCUACAGAAACAUCAACAACUCAAUCUCAAUAUUACAACACUAUAUCGAAACCACAAUAUCAAUGUUACAAAUGUGGUGGUCGAGACCACUACAUUCGUAAUUGCCCACAUUUUCAAUAG